UGAGAAUACUGGGUGUGAAUCCCCUGGGUCGCCCUCUAGUGGACGGGUGUUAGGAGAGAGUGAAGGGAGUGUCUGACGCUGCAUCUCUAGAUCCGUGUUGUAGACGUUCACUCCUCUCCUCCUGGUUUCUUCAGGUUCAGUGAUGCCCUCGGAGGAGGAGGAGGAGGCACCCAGCAUCACAGAGUUCCACUCCUCUACCCACGUGUUGCCCGUGGGCCAAACGGCCCGCUACACCUGCCACGCCGGCGGCACGCCGGAGCCCACAGUAGAGUGGCUCCACAACGGCAGGCCCCUGGUGAGGGACGGCAGAGACGACCAAUCAGAGGCCUGGGUGGAGAGGGGCUUCCUCUUCGUCAGAGGUGGGAGGUACGGCGUGAACACGGUCUGCUGCAUGGCGAGCAACAGCGCUGGCACGGCCAAUCACAGCGCUGAGCUGCUUGUCUUUGAUGCCUGUGACCUCACACUGGACCCCAACACGGCCCACAGACGACUCUCUCUGUCUGAGGACAACAGGAAGGUGACGUGGGUUGAAGAGUUCCAGUCGUAUCCGGAUCACCCAGACAGAUUUGACUCCCAGCCCCAGGUGUUGGGUAGAGAGACUCUGACUGGCCGCUGUUACUGGGAGGUAGAGUGGGAAGGACGGGUUUAUAUAGGAGUGACAUACAGAGGAAUCACAAGGAGAGGACCGGGUGGUGACAGCCUGCUUGGAGUGAACAACAAGUCCUGGAGUCUUUAUUGUCUUAAUGAUCGUUACUCUGCCUGGUACAACGGUACACAUACAGCCCUCCCUCUCCCCCCCGCUGGCUCCACCAGAGUAGGAGUGUAUCUGGACCGGCCUGCUGGCUCUCUGUCCUUCUACAGAGUGUCCCCAGGUGGAGGAGGGUCCUCAGACACACUGACACACCUCCACACCUUCUGCUCCUCCUUCACCCAGGAGGACCUCCUCCCGGGGGUGGAGGUAUGGUGGGGGGGGUCCUCAGCCUCUCUGUGUCGGUUGUAGAAAACAAAACGGGCGCGGGGCACCUCGUUUUGGUGGGGGACCCUCAGCCUCUCUGCGUCUUUUGUAGUCGGUUUGUCUCCUGUUUGUCCCCUGAUCCCUGAUGGCGGCGGACC